AUGACCAUUCCGAACCCUAUUUUUCCGUCCGCGUCGCGGGCCGAUGUGAGAAGUCGCGUUCCUUCCCCGUACCCCCCCCCCCGUUCCCCGUCCUUACCCUACGCUCCAAUUCUCUGCUCUUCCCCGCGUUCACCCGUGCGCGCAACUGCUGCUCCCCUCGCGUCCGCCACGCGCGCUCACCACCGUCCGCGCGCGCAGCGCAAGGAGGCGCGGGAGGAGCUGCAAGGGGAGGUGGCGGCGAUGCGGCGCGUGGGGGGGCACGCGCACGUGGUGGCGCUGCGCGCGCUGUUCGAGGACGCGGAGAGCGUGCACCUGGUGAUGGACCUCUGCGCGCACGGCGACCUCUACGACUACCUCAUCGCGCGCACCACGCUGCCCGAGCCGCUCGCCGCUGACGUCACCAGGUCCUACUGGCCCUACACCACUGCCACGCGUCAGGAGUGGUGCAUCGCAUCGGGACAUCGGGACAUUGGGCAGAUCCUACUAGCCCUACACCACUGCCAUGCGUCGGGCGUGGUGCACCGCGACAUCAAGCCCGAGAACAUCCUGCUCGCCGCCAAGGACGAAGCUGCGGGGAAGCUGCACCUGAAGCUGGCAGACUUUGGCUUAGCAGUGAUGCUACGUGCCGGGCAGCAAGCGGUGGGCAUGUACGGCAGCGCGGUGUACAUGUCUCCGGAGGUCGUGUGCCGCCGCCCCUAUGGGGCCGCUGUUGACCUCUGGGGGCUGGGCGUCAUCCUCUACACCGCUCUCUCAGGCUACAUGCCGUUUUGGGGCAGCACGGACGAGCAGCUCUUCUUCCGCAUUCUGCGCAACCAGCCCGACUUCUCCAUCGCGCCCUGGCCCUCCGUCGCGCCCGCCGCCAUCGACCUCGUGCGCUGGCUGCUCUCCUCCGACCCCGCCCACCGCCCCUCCGCCGCCGCCGCGCUGCACCACCCCUGGCUCGCCCAGCACUGCGGCCGGGAACCCCUUCCCUCGCCCCGCCCCGCCCCCUCCCCGUGUGUUCCGGUGGGUGCGCCUGGCUGGGCGGGCGAGGGCGGUGUGGAGGGCGGCAGGGAGGGGAAGAGAGAGGGGGAGCGUGUGAAAGCAGCAGCAGAGGCAGGCGGGGGUGCGGCCGUGGGGAGAGGAAUGGAGGGGGUUGGCAGUGGGAGGGGCGGUGUGGCGGGUGGUGCAGCAGCAGCAGCAGGUGGGAGCAGAGACACGGAGAUGGGCGGUGUGGAGCCGCAGCGCACCUCAUGGGAUGGUGCUGCAGGCAGUGCCAGUGGGGCAGCGGCUGUCGGAGGAAAGGAGAGCGGCUGGCAGCAGGGCAAGCAGGAGCAGCAAGGAGAGGCGGGCGGGAGGCAAGAGCAAGGGGCUGGGGCAGCGGCACAUGGGAGCAUGGAUGUGGACUCACAACAGGGGGCGAGCACGGCACAGCAGGGGCAGAGCACGGCACAGCAGGGUGGGCGGCAAAAGCAGCCCAAGGCAGCGGCCAUCCAGCUGCCUGUGUUGGCGUCCUUCACGGGCCCCGCGUCGCCCCUCUUCUCCUCGCCCACUAGCACCCGCUCUGCUGCUGGCGGCGGUGUGUUCCUCUUCACUGCUCGCCCUGCCAGUGGCAGCACCAGCCACGCAGGCUCGGGUGGGGGCAUGUGGGAGAGGGAGAGCAGCAAGGCGAAGCACAAGGAGCAGCAGCGGCAGCAGGUGCAGCGCCACUCACAUGCACACAAGCAGCAGGAGCAGCAGCGAGGUGCAGCAGCAGCAGCAGGCAGCAAGGACGGCCACAAGGAAGGCCCUCCGAAAGCACCCGUGGAAGCAGCAGAGCACAAGGCGCGGCGGUCGUCGCACUUCCGGUUCUUCUCCCCCAAACGCAAGGCUCGUCGCUCCCAUGUCGUCGUCUCCACCACCCCGCUCCCUGCCCCUCCACCCCCUCCCCUCUCGUCCCCGUCCCCAUCCCAAUCCCCUCUGGGCGUGUCUGAGCCCCCCGCCCAGGCCACACCCCCUGCGUCCUCCUCGUCCACUGCCCCCAUGGCCUCCAUCACCGUCCCCCUCGUGCGCCGCCACCCCCCCUCCUCUGCCGCUGCGUCCCCCACUGCUGCGGCUACUGACGCUGGUGCUUCUGCCCCCACGGAUAGUGCUGCUGUACCAUCCACGGCGCCGGUUGUGUCCGUCACCAUCCCUGUCAUCCCGCCCAAGCCCCCUCUCGACCCAACCCAAGAGCUCCCAUCCGUACCUGAGAUCCAGGCUCGGCUAUCUGGGCCUGACGGGUCCAUACCAGUGUCAUCGCUCUUCUCCUUCCUGCGACCCCUCAACCCCAUGGCCGCCAGGAAAAGUUCUUCCUCCUCCUCCCGUGCUGCACAUCCAAACUCCAACUCAUCCACAUCCACAGCGCCACCCAGCUUCCUCUACAGCCCACGCGAGCCCCUCAAGUCGGCCCAUCACCACCACUCCUUCUCUGCAGUGAGCACCACCACCAGCAGCAGCAGCAGCGGCGGCCUGCUCCCCUCCAGCAACCCUCCACGUGCGCCCACUGCCUCCACUGCUGCGUCGGAGCCGUCGUUUGGGUUGGGGCGCCUGGCGCGGCCGCUGCACGGCAUGGCGGCCCUCAUGCGCCCCGCCUCCCCCUCCGCCUCUUCCCCCGCACUCGCCCCCUCGCCGUCAGACUCGCCGCAGCACAGCAGCAUGGGGGUGGGACGGGCAGGAACGAGUGCACACACACAGGCACAUGAUGAGGGCUCCACAGGCACAGUGCCACGCACACACCUCACCACCUCCGCCAGUGCACCCAAUGUGGCCGGCAUGCCUGGCAGUGCUGCUGCUGCCUCGGGGCCUGCAGUGCCGCAUGCGCCUCGCCGCGCCAGAGGGCUCAGCUCCAUUGUCAAGGCCUUCGCCUCGCUCUCCACUGCUGCUGCGGGUCCCCUGGGUAAUGUGGGGUCCGGUCAGCAGCACAGUGGGGUGAGCAUGGGUGCUGUGGGCGGUGGUGGUGGUGGUGGAAGAGAGAGUGCGAGGCGUGGAGAGGAUUUGCACAAGGGGCAGCAAGAGAAUGGGGAUUCACUAAGUGUGAGUCGCUCAGAAGAGCUGCUGGGUGGGGGCGCCAUCACACCCUUGUCCGCGUCCCCUCUCCCCCGUUCUCUCUCCCCCCAUCCCUCUCCCCCGGUCUCUCUCCCCCCAUACCUCUCCCCCAGUCUCUCUCCCCCCAUCCCUCUCCCCCGGUCUCUCUCCCCCCAUCCCUCUCCCCCGGUUUCUCUCCCCCCAUCCCUCUCCCCCGGUUUCUCUCCCCCCAUCCCUCUCCCCCGGUCUCUUUCUCCCCAUCCCUCUCCCCCGGUCUCUCUCCCCCCAUCCCUCUCCCCCGGUCUCUCUCCCCCCAUCCCUCUCCCCCGGUCUCUCUCCCCCCAUCCCUCUCCCCCGGUCUCUCUCCCCCCUUCCCUCUCCCCCGGUCUCUCUCCCCCCAUCCCUCUCCCCCGUUCUCUCUCCCUCCAUCCCUCUCCCCCGUUCUCUCUCCCCCCAUCCCUCUCCCCCGUUCUCUCUCCCCCCAUCCCUCUCCCCCGUUCUCUCCCCCCCAUCCCUCUCCCCCGUUCUCUCCCCCCCAUCCCUCUCCCCUACUUCAGUCAGCCGCUGAGCCGCCUCCAGGCACUUGUGCCAUCAGCUGCGCUACCUCCGUCCCUCCCAGCACCGGCAAGACUCAGCCGCCUAACAGCAUCCAACCGCCUGCCCCAUCUGCUGCUGUACGGCCCGCCCGGCACGGGCAAGACGUCGACGGUGCUGGCGGUGGCGCGGCAGCUGUACGGGGCGGGGGGCGUGAGGAACAUGUGUCUGGAGCUCAACGCCAGCGACGAGAGGGGCAUCGAUGUGGUGCGCCAGCAGGUGCAGGACUUCGCCUCCACCCAGUCCAUCAGCUUCGGAGCCAAGGCGGCGGUGAAGCUGGUGGUGUUGGACGAGGCGGACGCCAUGACCAAGGACGCGCAGUUCUCCCUGCGCCGCGUGAUAGAGAAGUACACGCGCAGCACGCGCUUUUGUCUCAUCUGCAACCACGUCAGCAAGAUCAUCCCAGCCCUCCAAUCGCGCUGCACACGCUUCCGCUUCGCCCCGCUCUCCUCUGCUGACGUCACUGCCAGGCUCAGACACGUCAUCCAGGAAGAGGGUCUGGACGUCACAGAUGGGGCGCUGUCAGCCGUUGUGACCCUCAGUGCUGGUGACAUGCGCCGCGCUCUCAACAUCUUGCAGUCCACGCACAUGUCAUGCCCAAACACCAUGACAGAGGAGGCGGUGUAUGCCAGCACAGGCAACCCCAUGCCCAAGGACAUUCAGCAGAUGGCGCACUGGCUGCUCAAUGAACCGUUCUGCACCGCACUGCAACGCAUUCUGCGGGUGAAGGAGGUAAAGGGGCUGGCCCUCAUAGACAUUGUGCGCUACCUGCACGGCUUCAUCCUCACAGUGGACAUGCCAGCAGCAGUGCGCAUCGACCUCUUUGAUGCCAUGGCUGACAUCGAGUACCGACUCACCUUUGCCACGAGUGAGAAGGUGCAGCUGGGGGCGCUGGUGGGGGCUUUCACGCAUGCGCGCACCAAGCUUGUGGAGGGCGCCAAAUAA